AUGCAGCGGUUCCUGCGUGUCAACUUUGUCACGGAAGAACUCGAUAAGGCUGCCGUGCAAGUCCUCAAAUUACGACGCGCAAGCUCCGCCGUCUUCGACUUCGUGAUGGAUAUUGAAGACCAGAACGUCUCACCAACCUCUCCAGACGGAAUCCCCCCCUCUGGUGCCUCUCCUGGUGCCUCCCCCGCCUCUCCUGAACCUGAUGAAGUAGCAGUACCCAUGGAUGCUGAAACCAACCUCCUGGUUUCCCUCCGCCUUAUGUACGGAUUCAACCCAUCCCCUACUGCUCAAACACCCCACCCUCAAGCACCCAACCUCCGGAGUUGGUCAGAUGUCCUGGGUGUCAUCGGGACAAAAUCAGAACCUGAUGUCUCAGACCGAGACAAGGUUCUAAUUCGCGAGUUCAUUUCAUGCCUCAUCGACAGCUCUUCGGGAUUGCCAGCACCCUCCGACGACCUCAACGCAACAUCGGAUCAGCCUUUGGCAACAUCCUUUGCGCUCGACACUGUGGAACGCAUCAGUGAGGACCUAUACGUGUUCAAGCUACCUCCUUCCCCCUCUUGCAAAUGGGUCAUCGGUGUUGAUCGCCCCACGACUGUUCUUUACAUCUGUCGACUGGUCGCCUCUGCUCCGAACACGCAUACGGUGCUGACAAUCGCCUACGCAGCCCUUACAUACCCUUCCCUCCUUCUGCAGGCCUCCUCGGAGCCCAAACAGCUCAAUCUCCCAUACGCAGACAACGCCAACCGUUUUAACAAGCACCAAUUCACGACAGCAGACUUCGACAGGAGGAUUGCAAGGGAAUUCGGUAGUAAGGAGUCUGGGUUGCAAGGACCGUCCAUCGAGGUCACAGUGCAUCAUUCGGGGUACUUUGUCCCGUCUAAACACGACGGGUAUUUCUACUGGGAUGACGACCUCACUGGUGAGGAGAUUGCAUGUUUGUGUGGGACAUACUGCCUCUAUACAGGGCGUGGCGAGCAGACAACAACGGUCUCGUGGUUCCCUCCUCCAGACGUUUGGGACAAGCAGGGUUAUGGCUGGCCAGGAUGGACGGAAACUAACGAGGAGUUUUUCCAGCACAUCAAGAACACGAGGUCGAUGCUUAAGAACAACAGGGAACGGGCAAAGGCAUACGUCGAGUUGAACAUUCAUGCUAUGUAG